GAGCCAGCUGGCCAAUUAUUCUCGCUUGAUCGUCCUCUGCACAAAUUUUAAUUCUUGAAAGAGACGUUGACUUGAAUGACUAUUUGUAUUGUUGAAACAUGAGUUGACCGACUUCAUUACCAAAUGAAAAACAACACUAGGAAGCAUCAAUAUGCUCCAAGCAAGCUCUAUCUCUUUUUUGCUUAAUAUGCAAAUCAUCUUCCUCGUUUUCUUUUUCCUAAUUAGCAUGUCUUUCCAAGAAACCUUGCAAUUUUCGAGCACAGAACGGUCCAUAUUACUAAGCUUGAAGCAGCACUGGAGCAAUUCGGAGUUCCUCCGGUCAUGGGAUUUGAAUUCUUCAGCAUGCAAUUGGUCAGGAGUUUCAUGCAUCAAUGACAGAGUGACAGAGCUAAAUCUUGGAGAAAAGAACAUUACUGGAACAAUUCCAUCAAGAAUAUGUCAGCUCAAGAACCUUACCUUGAUUGAUCUCUCCAACAACAACAUACUAGGAACUAUACCAGUAAGCCUGAAAGAUUGUUUAAAGCUACAACAUUUGGACUUGUCCCAUAAUUCUUUGAGAGACAGGAUUCCAGGUGAGUUGUUCAGGAUGAAACAAUUACUCAAUUUAUAUCUUAAUGGUAACAUGUUGUCUGGUGAGAUGCCAAAGCAAAUACAAGCAUCCCAACUGCAAAAUCUUAAUCUCUCUGAGAACUGCCUGAAUGGUUCGAUACCAGAAGAUAUUAGGAACUUGAAAAAUCUUGAGAAACUGGACCUGUCACAUAAUUCUCUAAGUGGUUCAAUUAAAAGCAAUCUGUUCCAAUUGCACCAAUUGCGUCACUUGUUGCUAAGUUACAAUUACUUAUCCGGUGUAAUACCUAAUGCAAUGGACUUGUUUAGUUUGUAUGAUAUGGAUCUUUCUCAUAACCAAUUGACUGGUUCUAUACCAAAGGGACUUGGAGAUUUACCUGGAUUAGAUGCUUUGGAUUUGUCGUAUAAUCAGUUAUCAGGAGACAUUUCAGAAAGUAUAGAACAUCUUUGGACUAGAACUACUUUAAGGCUUUGUUCCAACAAAUUCUCAGGGAGAAUUUCUGCUGAAUUUGUGAAGCUAACACAUUUUGAGAAUUGCUUUGACGAAUCCAAUCUUUGCUCUACAUCCAUCCCUGGCCUACCAAGCUGCUCCUCUGGUGAUGAUGACGUUCAAAAGAUUUCGAGACCAAAACACUUGAUUAUCAUUAUUCCUAUUGUAGGAGUUGGUGUAGCUAUACAGUUAACAUGGAUCUUUUACAGGGUCAGAAAUCAUUGGUGGAGAAAAAAGAAGCAGAAUGUCAAAGAUGAAUUGAAGUUCGUCAUUUCAUUUCAAAAGUUGAAGGUGAAUAAAGAGGACAUCUUAUCUAGCUUGAAAGACGAAAACAUAAUAGGAAAUGGAGGAUCAGGUAAGGUCUAUCGAGUUGUGAUCGACCAAACAGGUGAAAUUUAUGCUGUUAAAAGCAUAGGGAAUGGGAAAAUAUCAGGCGGAAGACCCCAAAAGGAGUUCCUGGCAGAAGUUAGAACACUUGGCAGCAUUCGACACAACAACAUUGUCAAGCUCAUCUGUUUCAUCUCGAGUGCAGAGAGAAACCUUCUAGUCUAUGAAUACUUUGAGAAACAAAGCCUGGACAAAUCGCUUCACAGAAAGAAAAGAGCAAUAUCACCAGGUCAAAUUAGUACCCCAGCCCUGGAUUGGCAAAAGAGAUUAAAAAUAGCCACUGCUGCAGCUCAAGGACUCUGCUAUAUGCACCAUGAUUGUACUCGAGCCAUCAUUCAUAGAGACAUUAAGUCCAGCAAUAUCCUUCUGGACUCAGAAUUCAAUGCAAAAAUAGCAGAUUUCGGACUAGCAAAAAUACUAGCCAGGCGAGAUGACAAUCCUGAGACAGCUUCUGCUAUCGCUGGAACUUUUGGUUACAUUGCACCAGAGUAUAUCUCGACAUUCAAAGUGAAUGUAAAGACUGAUAUCUAUAGCUUCGGAGUGGUGCUACUAGAAUUGACAACAGGGCGAAAACCCAUUCUCAGAGAGGACCAAAUGAAUCUAGCACAAUGGGCUCAAAAGUGUCACAGGGAGGGGAAUUCCGAGGCCCUCGAUGAAGAAGUCAUGGAAACAAGUAAUUUGGAACAAAUGAGAGGUGUUUUUAAACUCGGACUGAUGUGUACUGGAGCAUCACCAUCUGGUAGGCCGUCAAUGAAGGAGGUCUGCAACAUUCUUCAAAGCUUUAGAGGCCCCAUAUUUUGAGAGUAUAGAAUGUAUAGUCUUACAUAGUUGUAAUUUUUUAACAGAAUGAGAAAGUCAUGUUGUAACGAUUUCUUCCAGCGAUGUAUAUAGUAAUAGUCAAUGCUUUCUCAACAUCCAACUUCACCAAUACUAAGGAAACUGUCAUAUUUAGUUGUUAAUGUAAUUUUUUGUAAAGCCUUCUCAUGAUACGUGGGGAUAACCUUGUAGGAAGUCUAGUUCUGUUAGUUAAGUUUCAUGGCAUCUCCCAUUCUUGAAAGGGGUGGAAGGGCUAGUUGGCUGUAAGGCCCACUUUCCUUUUGUUGUUGUAACUAGUGUUUUAAAAGACAGUUUUGGGACGCGUCUCGGGACUCGCCCUAGGGC